UCAAAAAAAUCAAACUGCAUGAGGCAGUGCAAAAGAUCAAACAAGAGAAAGCUGCAGAAGACACUUUGGAAACAUUUUGGAAACUGCCAUAUGCUACUUGAUCUGGUGUGAGAGGUCUUUCUGACUGAUUAACUUGUUUAUCCCCAAGCAGAAUAGAGUUUCAGAGACAAAGAUUAAAAAAGUUACAGUGAUUUAUGAAGUGAGCUCAAACAUUCAAUAAUGAAAGUUCGUGUAAAACACCUCGGCUUUGCCUUUUUGGUUUUAUCCUUUACAUUUGUACAAUCUCAAGGCAUUGUCACGGUAGGCGGUAAUGAUCCUGGAAAAGAGUGUGUCUUCCCCUUUACCUAUCGCAAGCAGAUGUACUUCGAAUGCACAACAAUCAAUAACAACCGCAUUCCCUGGUGUGCCACAACAAGUGAUUAUCCCAAAGACAACAAGUGGGGUAACUGCCCUUUUACAGGGCCUCCUACCACUGGUGGAAACAGUAAUGGUGCACCCUGUAAAUUUCCAUUUAAAUACAAUGAUAUGGAUUACUAUUACUGCACUACAGACAAUGAGGAAUCAAAAAAACUCUGGUGUGCUACAGUUUCAAAUUAUGCUCAAGACUCAAAGUGGGGAUACUGCCCCACAUCAGGCAUUGUCACAGUAGGCGGUAAUGAUCCUGGAAAAGAGUGUGUCUUCCCCUUUACCUAUGACAAGCAGAUGUACUUUGCAUGCACAACAAUCAAUAACAACCACUUUCCCUGGUGUGCCACAACAAGUGAUUAUGCCAAAGACAACAAGUGGGGUAACUGCCCUUUUACAGGCAUUGUUACGGUAGGCGGUAAUGAUCCUGGAAAAGAGUGUGUCUUCCCCUUUACCUAUGACAAGCAGAUGUACUUCGAAUGCACAACAAUCAAUAACAACCGCAUUCCCUGGUGUGCCACAACAAGUGAUUAUCCCAAAGACAACAAGUGGGGUAACUGCCCUUAUACAGGGCCUCCUACCACUGGUGGAAACAGUAAUGGUGCACCCUGUAAAUUUCCAUUUAAAUACAAUGAUAUGGAUUACUAUUACUGCACUACAGACAAUGAGGAAUCGAAAAAACUCUGGUGCGCUACAGUUUCAAAUUAUGCUCAAGACGCAAAGUGGGGAUACUGCCCCACAUCAGGCAUUGUCACGGUAGGCGGUAAUGAUCCUGGAAAAGAGUGUGUCUUCCCCUUUACCUAUGACAAGCAGAUGUACUUCGAAUGCACAACAAUCAAUAACAACCACUUUCCCUGGUGUGCCACAACAAGUGAUUAUGCCAAAGACAACAAGUGGGGUAACUGCCCUUUUACAGGCAAAAAAUGAUCUUGAUUGAAAAGAAACUGGAUUGCAAACACUGAGAUCUGAUGAUCCCUCUGAUGUAUCCGGAGCAUGAAGAUGGACACACAAACACACACACAUAUAUAUGCUUGCAAACGCUUCCAUUAACAUGCUAAUGGGCUAACUGCAGUUUAGUAUAAUUUAACAUUAUUUUGUUAUUUUAUUUACACAUACACUGAAAAAAAAAAUUUAACAUAAAAAUGUGCUUCAUGUUGUAACAUCUAAAUAAACUGAUUUUAAUCAAGUCAA